UUUUCUGGUUUUUGGAUGGUAAUACAACAUUGAAUCAAGCCGAUUUGCUAGACAUACCUUGUAUACUUUUUUAAAUGGAAAAUGUGACCAUUAGCAGUUUAGCAUUUGAGCCAUGGUGGUUCCUAUAAGUUUCUAUGAAUUGGUAAAUUGGCUAAUAAUACUAAUUUAUGCAAAAUUGCUUCUUAAAUGUCAAGAAAAAAAAUCUCUACAAGACUUUAAAUUUGCCAGGAUUGUAAAAUAUUUUUAAAAAAUGUAUAUGAUAAAAGAAAAAUCUCAUUUGUUAGCCAUAUAUUUGAGCUAAGAGGUUCAAGUGACUGCUUCUUAAUUUUAGAUUUGAAUGCAAAAUGUGAGGGAACCUUUCCUGGUGUUUUCUGAAACAAUUUUUCCUAUAAUAACUAAAAUUGUUAAAGUAUCCUUCAGAGCUUCUUUAUGUAUUAAAGACUUAAUAUAUUCCCAUAAAAUUUUCUAUGACACAUGGUAAAAAAAUGUCCUUACUGAUUCCAUUUUUCACUCAUAACUUGAUGGGUAUCCCUUUAAAAAAAAUUCCUAAGAAAAAAAUGUUGAUUAAAUUCUUAGUUGUCCGAAUCGUUCUAGAUAUGAUAGUUAGUCAAUUGAUAGCAAUUAAUGUUGAUGUUACUGUUAGUCUGUGAAAAACAUGUCCUUACAAUAUACUAAACUGUCCUUAGAAAAAGAAGAGAAAAAAAAAAGUUUUCAUUAAGAAUCAAUUUAGGAUCAUGACAUUAGCUAAGGUUCACUAUAUUUUUCUUGGGGACAUAUAUUCUUUGCAAUUGGCCACUUCUAAAAAGGCAAUGCCCCACUAUUUUAUGGAAUUUGUUGGAAAGAAGAGAGAAAAAGAUGGUGGGGAUUAUGCUUUCUUAUGUCAGAUGUAAAAUCCAUUUUAUGUGAUGCGAGGAGCCGAAGUUGCCUUAUUCUGCAUGCAUUACGUCAAAUUUGUAUAUCUUUAGAUUUUUGUCUCAAUUGAAAAGUAAUGUAAAUAAGAGCACGAGUCAACUAUGAGAUUAAGACGACAUAAGUUAAAAAAAUUUCUAUUCGCUUGGUCGAUGUUUAUAUAUGAAAAGCAAUGUAAAUUAGAGCAUGAGUCAACUUUGUUGAGAAUGAGAACCUACUACCUCUGUUUCUUAUUAUGUACAUCAAAGGGGUAUUUAUUUGUGAGACAUAAAAUAUUUUUUUGUUGCACAUAAUAAGAAAUGCAUGUAGUGUAUGUAUUUUCUUGUUUAAGCCUUAAAUGUUUUGCAUUUUACAUAACCGAAUUUCACAUAAAAAGUAUACGUUUUCAUCAGAUGCAAGAUGCAACAUAGGUUUGCAAUCUUCUGUACAAUGUAACAUUACACGCUAAAUUUUAUUGAAGAAUUUACCAAUAUGUGACCAUGUGUGACCCAAAUUUGACAUAUUUUUUCAUCAAAAGUUCAUUAAUGUCACACUAGUAUUUCAUAUUAAGUAUUUAAUAACUAACAAGAUUGAGUCAACGUGAAUAUAAACAUAACACUUUCACUUGCUCUGUUAGCCUUAAUAUAAUGGUGCGAAUCACUGGGGCAACUGUGAAGUUGAGGCACUCACUUUGCUCCAUGAGGCACUAAGGUCAGUGCCUCCGUGAGAGGCAUGCUAUGCAUGUCUUUUUCAAUUAAGCAGCCAAUUCUUAGCUAAUGGAACCCAAUUGAGGCUGAAUGUCCUCUAAUAGCACACUUAAUUGACAAAGAUGUAUGUCCUUCAAGGUGCAAGCUUGAAUUGUUAAUUCUGCACAUAGCUGGACAGGCCUCUCGCUGUAUAAUCCAAAUUGAUAGAAGAAUGUAAAAUUAUGAUAAAUCUUGCAUUGUAUCUCAUAAGAUUUAUAAAUGAUCAACUACAUCCUGGUUCAAAAAAUACUAAAGAUUAAGAUAAUGUCAUGUUUGAUACAUUCUCAUGUAUGUUACUAUUUCUCUUUCUAUAUUGAAGAUAUCUUAGGAGGAUCAAUUCCAAAUAUGAUAGGUACGCUAAGUCACAAUAUGUUCUGUUCACUGCAUCUAAAUAAGAAUGACAAAUGCAGAAACAGUACAUCUUAGAUCAGCUUUCUCUAAUCCCAUAUUUUCCGCGCUCUUAAUUUUCUUUUGGCUCUUCGAGUUCAAUUGAGUUAAAGUUUUAACGAUAAACAUCCACGUGUCUGCUAAAAGAAAGAGCUUUGUGCUGCUCGAGUAUUUGAUUUAGGAGAAGAUCAAAUGAAAGAGGACUUUCUAGUGGAGUUCUAGAGCGUGGCUCAUCAUUAUUCUGUUAACUCUUUAGGUGUUGCGAAGUCAAUUUUCUAGAUGCCCUUUGUUUUUUUCUUGUGUCAUAGUGAAAUUAUUCAAUAGGACAAAUGUCCUUGUUUCUUUACGGAAUAUGAAGAACAUAGACGAUGUAAAGGGUCAUUUUCGAGUACAAUUUGUGGAUCAAAAAGAGAAAAUAGAAAGUUCUCUUUUUGUUAAAAGUCUUGGAACUUAUCCUUUUAACAGUAUCAGUUCUUGCAUGCAGAUAUGAGUUGCGUCACCUUAGAAAUAGCUUAUAAAUAGACCUGUGCUCUAAGCAUUUUCCUCAUCUCAAACCUUGAGUCUCUUCUACAACUAGUGUCAUAAAAGCUCUCUGUAUUUCAGCUUUUUCAUCACCAACUCAUCUCCCAAACAAAGGAAUUUCCUUCAAAGAUAAUGGAGGUUGUGAAGGGUUUGGUGCAAGACAGGCCUGUGGUUAUUUUCAGUAAGACUAGUUGUCCUGUGAGCCACUCGAUGAGACAGCUUAUCAGUGGCUUUGGCGCUAAUCCUACUGUAUAUGAAAUUGAUCAAAUGCCUAAUGGACGGGAAAUUGAGAGAGUUCUGCAGAUGAUGGGACGCAGACCUAGCGUACCAUCCAUCUUCAUUGGUGGAAACUUUGUAGGUGGACCUAAUGAUGUGAUCACCCUUCAGGUUCAAGGUAGACUGGUACAAAUGCUGAUGGAUGCCGGAGCUAUUUGGGUCUGGAAUAGAAACUAACUUAUCCAGGAUCAGCAAUUAGAAGUAGAAUAAGGGAAGUUUUAGGUUAUAUUAUGGAGAGGACUUAAAUAGGAAAUAAUGCGUCUUCUGCAGUGCCUUGUUUUUCUAAGCACAAUUAUAUUUGGUGACUGAAAAUUAGUGUUUUUCAGUGACAUAGUCUUAUUCUCCUUCUGCCAAAAAAAAAAGAAGAGUAAAUCCUCUGAGUAAAUGCUUGUCCUUUGUUAUUGAGUCAAAUACUAGUGAAAGCUGCAUUCUCAUUUUGACAAUGCACUCUUCUGUACCUUAUUACCUGUCUUGAUUUACUGUAAUAAAAUGCUAGACUGGGAUUCAGUUGCU